AAUUUCUCUCUCCUGUGGAAAAGAAAGCGCCUCUGGUUUGUUGGAUCGGUUGUCCCCAUUGACCCAGCAAGCAGGGACUCACUUGCCCGCCUCAAUCGAGUCAAAGCAUACACUUGCCAGAUACCCAUCCAAAAUGUUCUCCCGCACUGCCCUCGCCAGGGCCUUCGCCCUCCCGGUAAUGGAGCAACCAUGCGCUGCCGCCGCCGUCGCCGCACGCUUCUCCGUCGCCCGGGCCUGUCUUCACAGCAGCGCCGCAUCACCAGCACCAGCACCACCAACAACAACAACAACACAACCCGAAUCCCCCCUCUCCGCGACCCCACGAGCCCAGACCUCCACGCCCACCCCCCAAGAAACCCCCUCCUCUACAAUCGACUUCAAAAAACCCGUGGCCCCAACCUUCACCGCGCCGCUGCAACUCACGCCGACGCUCCUCUCCCAGCUCCCGCAACUCACCACCCAGCAGCCGCACUACAUCAUCUCGCACCUGCACGACCGGCCCUACCUGCUGACGCAGGGCGACUCGAUCCGCCUGCCCUUCCUGAUGCCCAAGGUGAAGCCGGGGGACAUCCUGCGCUUCAACCGGGCGUCCGUGCUGGGGUCGCGGGAUUUCUCGCUGAAGGGCGCGCCCUACGUCGAUGAGCGGCUGUAUGAGUGCCGCGUGCGCGUCGUGGGCGUUGACUCCGAGCCCCUCCGCAUCAAGGAGAAGACGAAGCGCCGCCGGCGGCACGUGCAGAUGAUUCGGAGCAAGCACAAGUAUACCCUGCUGCGGGUUAUGGAUGUCAAGAUUAAGACCGCGGAGGAGUUGUUGCGGGAGGGGGCGGUUGUUGUUUAAGAGGAUUUCCCACGUCGUGAUGGGGGUACUCGAAAAUUGUUACUUGCGGAUUCGGGAUUUUCUUUUCUUGGUUGGACGCAGUGAAUGUUCACAUGGGGCUGUUGUUGGAUGGGAAGGGAGACUGCCAGAGUGAGAAAGGCGAAGACCGGGCAAGGGGUGGAUGGUUAGGAUGGUUGGAACCUGCAAUUGCAAAGGAUUUAUGUACAGAUAGAAAGUGGGUGUCUGUUUCCAUGCACAAAGUGGUGCACUUGUAUUGUAUCUCAUAAUUGGGUUUUUCGAAUGUUCAACGUGCUUUUCUUCUUUAUGUCUGAGGACAGGGUAGAUUUGAGACUCUCACUCAGCAGACAACGCGGAUAUUCUUCUGGUGUCGACAAUACCGAACCAAUGAAAGC